GGUUUUCCCACGUGCAGAUGUUUAUGCUCCUCGUGCGCGUCUUUGCGAGCGAGACACUGAGGGAACAAAGGGAGAGCUGAGACACGGACCUGUUCUAUUCGACAAACGUUAGAUUUCGGAUUAAAAUGGAAGCGUAAAGGGGGUUAAAGUGCGUACAUUGACGACUACGACCAGUGAAGUGCAAUUCUCGUUGAUUACAGUCAGAUACGAGCAAAAACCACUCGCUGAAGAGGAAAUUUUGCAUUUUCUCCGCGGGGCCCCUGAACGCACCAUCGCUCUUCCCGGGAUUUGACGUGAACGCGCUCGGCUUGUAAACACAAGCUCACGCGUUGAGCACAAAGAAGAAGAAGCAGCGGUCAGCCAGCAGGUGAUCCCGACGGCCAGGUGUCAUGACAACUGGGCUGGAUGUGUCUCCCUCACCCGGACAGCCCUUCGCCACCACAGUCGCCUAUGUCCCACUUCGUGUCGAGUCGUUGUUGUUAAUGGAGGGGAGACAUUAAGCUCCGCGCGAUAUCAGAGCCUUUGUUUGGCCGCUUGUUUGCUAAUCGGCUUGCUAGCAUUAGCUGCCUCCAUUUCUACUUUUCCUCCCCCAGCUCGCUAGCUAGCAUUAGCCGCUAGCGUCAACUGUUUAACCCACGACGGUCGCUUGUUUUCGGUGUUGACCGACAUGUCCUUCGCCAUGGAGGACAACCUGGAGUCCGGCUGGGUGUCCGUUCGACCCAAAGUGUUCGACGAAAAAGAGCGUCAAAAAUAUGUUUUCAUCGUGGCCUGGAACGACGUCGAGGGAAAGUUCGCCAUAACCUGCCACAACCGGACGGUGCAGAAGCGGGCCACCUUCCUGGAUCCACUACUCGACUGGAGCCCCGUGGCGACAGAAGCGGACGCUAAACAAGGUAAAGUUCGGCCGAAGAAAGGAAAAACGGAUAAGACGACAGAGUCGUGGGAUAUGGUGACACCCAGGGUAACUGACAUGGAGUUCGUUGACCCCAUGGAUACCCCGGAGGUCCCUCCGGAUGGCCCCGAGCCAGGCGGCCGCCAGGACUUCAGCUGGGCCGGUCUCUUCUCCUCCCAGGACUUGCGUUCAGCCCACCUCCAGCUGUGCGAAGUCAACUCGGACCUGGAGCCCUGCUUGCCACCCUUCCCGGAGGAGCCGUCCGGCGUGUGGUCGGUCCUGUUCGGCCCCAGCGGCGUGUCGUCUCCACGGGAGACGGAGGCGCUGUGCUACCAGCUGCAGGUGUACCUGGGCCACGCUCUGGACACCUGCGGAUGGAAGAUCUUCUCGCAGGUGCUCUUCUCUGACAGCGACGACACAGAGGAGUACUACGAGAGCCUGAGCGAGCUCCGGAGGAAAGGCUACGAGGACGCGCUGGAGAGAGCCAAGAGACGCAUGCAGGAGGUGCUGGACAAGCACAAGGCCAUGGACAGCAUGGUGGAGCUGCUGCAGGUCUACCCCCAGGAGGACGAGGCGUACGGGGAGCUGCUGGAGGCCACCACCCAGCUCUACCACUACCUGCUGCAGCCCUUCAGGGACAUGAGGGAGCUGGCGAUGCUGCGCCGACAGCACAUUAAGAUCUCGCUGGAGACGGAGCGCCUGGGCCCUCGCCGCGUGGAGAGCCUGAGGAAGGAGGACGAGGAGUGGCAGAAGAAGGCGCACGCCGCCGUCCUCGCCAUUCAGGACCUGACCGUCAAGUUCUUUGAAACCACCAAUCGGGCACAGAAAGCGCUGUAUGAGCGAAUGCGCGCCGACCAGCGCAAGUUCGGCAAGUCGGCGUGGGCGGCGGCGGUGGAGCGCAUGGAGAGGCUGCAGUACGCCGUCGCCAAGGAAACGCUGCAGCUGAUGCGGGCCAAGGAGAUCUGCCUGGAGCAGAGGAAGCACAGCUUGAAGGAGGAGAUGCGGAGCCUGCAGGGCGGCGAGGACGCGAUGCUGCACCUGGACCAGCUGGAGGCGCUCUACUACGAGCUCCAGCUGCAGCUGUACGACAUCCAGGCGGAGGUGCUACGCUGCGAGGAGCUGCUGAUCACAGCUCAGCUGCAGAGUCUACGCCGGCAGAUCACAGAGAGACAGGACGAGGUGGUCUACUACGACGCCUUCGAGAGCCCCGACGCCAUGAAGGGCGACGAGGAUCCCGCCAGCCCGCCGGCCCCCCUCAGAGAUGAAGACCUGGGUGUCCUGCAGCAGAGGACGCGGCAGCUGGAGGCCCGCAGAGGACGCAUCACCGCCAAGAAAGUCUACCUCAAAAACAAGAAGGAAAUUUGUAUCUCCAACCACAAGCAGAAGGUUCUACAGCGCCAGGGGCUUCUCAGGGACAACACGUCUUUGCAGGUUCUCGAGGAAGACGAAGCUGAGCACAACGCACGAGUGAGUCAGGAGAGACAAAGAACUCUGGACAGACUUCGCAGCCUCAGUCAGCGCUACCCAGGCCAGGUGAAGUCCAGCCGCAUGAGACAGCUUCAGAGCCGGAGACGAGCGGGUCAGCCUCCCAGCACGCAGGCGGCCAGCGUCCAGACCGACUGCAUCUCCGACCUGCCAGAACUUUUUGCUCCUCCGCCGGAGGACGCCUGCGGCUGCGACAGCGUCUCCCUCCCCGCCAUCAACCUGGACAACCUCGACUCGUCUCCUCCUUUCCUCUCUUUGCCUCCUCUCCCGGCGUCCUCAUCCAUUCUUACCAUAGCGGCCGCCCCUCUUCCUCCUCCACCGCCGCCUCCUCCACCACCGCCUCCUCCUCCUCCAUCCUUGGACGACCAGCAUCUCAGUGACAGGACGCCGCCUGCCAUCGAGCACCCGCCGCCGCUUAAAUGCGAGUCGGAGACGUCCUUGCUGCCUCUGGCACCGUUUUCUCCUCGAUUCUUCGACAGCAGCCAGCUGCUGACGGCUCGGAAGAAGCUGAGGAAGACGUCGUCCGUGGACGCCACGCAGUGGAGACGAGUGAGCUCCCCCAUGGACGAGGUGCUGGCGUCGCUGAAGCGCGGCAGCUUCCACCUGAGGAAGGCGGAGCUCCGCGUGCUGGCGCCCGACCCGGACGACGACAGCAACAACAUCCUGGCGCAGAUCCGCCAGGGCGUGCGCCUCAAGCAGGUGCGCGCCCGCCCCGAGCAGCGGCCGCCGCCCCCGCGCCACGCCCGCGGCUUCCCCCACUCGGCUGACGCUCUCACGCGCAGCAUCCACGAGGCCCUCAAGAGGAUCAAGGAGGCGUCGCCGGAGUCCGAGUCGGAGGACGAGGGCCUGCCCUGUGCCGACUGGGAGAACUGAGACGCUUGCAGUGCAAAUUUCAACAACAACAAAAAAAGACACUUUUUCUAUCAGCGGUAUGUUUUGUACCAGGAAAAAAAACAACAUUUGGGAUACGACCUCUCACCUCCGUCGAGUCGUGCUGUAGUUUGCCGUGUGGUUUGCUGUUUACCAUCGCUCGUACUGUUUGUGGCGCAUUGCCACGGAAACUAAAAAACAUUUUUACAGAAGGAGCUUUUUUUUUUUAAUAUAUGAAAUUUAUUUCAGCGUUUGUCGGAUAAAUGUGUCUGCUAACAGAGUUCAGUAUUUCCCACACCGCCAUUUAUUUGUGGCGGUCCAGAUUUAUCUGUGGCGGCCUUGCUCAUAAACAUAUUAGGACGGACCGCUUUUAGCAUGUUUCCAACUCCGUACAGCAGAUGGCAGCAGAUAGCAGGAGGCGUCUACGUUGCCACCUUUCAUUUAGCGAGUAUCGCCGCCACAAAUAGAUGCCCCCUGCUGGUGACACACUGCCUCUUUUAGCCAAUUGGACCUUUUCGUUUUCACUGCCUUCUUUUCCAAGCCAUUUUUUAAAAUUAUUAUUACGAGUGUUGUGUGAUUUAUUUUUAUUUUAAUUAUUUAAAUGUAUCCUGUCAAACAUACACUUCACGGCUGCAUUCCCUUAGCUUAGCAUAAAGGCUAAACAGUGCCAACCCAAAGUUGGCAAAAAGGACGUACGUAUGAUUUCUAACCAUUCCUUCACUUUUUUUUGUCUGCUUUUGCCCUUUUUUUUUUUUUUGGAGUUGGACAAAGAGUUUGUACUUGUCCUCGUCUUGUCUUUCUGCUUUUUUUUGUAAUUUAAAAUAAAAAAUAAAGAAAAAAUGGAGUAAAACACGCCGAGCAGGACCGGUCGGACCUCGCAGCAGACGUGCAAUAAUACAAAUUAACUUUACUGGAUCACGACUAAGAAAUGAUAUAUAUAUAUAUAUAUAUAUAUAUAUAUAUACAUAUAUAAAAUAUAUAUAUAUAUGUGUAUGCAUGCUUAAAUGUUUUGAAGUAUUUAUUGACGCUUCAUAUUUUAACGAUUUUUUUUUUUAAAGAACACGAUUGUACUUGGAGGUUGUUUUUGUAUGCCAAAAUUAAACAUCAAGCAAAUGAAAUAAAUAGAGUUCAUUAAAAUAGUUUAAAUUGUCCAUUAAUUCAUCAAAUUGUGAAAUAUCUAAAAUAAUUGUACUGAACCAGUUAUUUAUUUCUUGAGCGUUUUAAUGAUUGCAUGGCCUUUUUAUUUCAUGAUCUUGCAGCGCUAUUCAAUUUUUUAAAAAGUUAAGUGGGUUCAUGAAAUAAUAGGUUGAGUACAGUUUUUAAAUUGCAUUUCACCAUCCAUUCAUCCAUCCAGCCAUCCAUUUUCUAUGCCGUGAAGUAGUUAAUUAAAAUUUGAAUACAUGUCAUUAUAUUCAUUUAAUUUUGGUGCAAAACAAAAAGUUUUGAUCCCUUCCUUUCUAUUCCUGUUUCCUGAGAAAAUAAAAAGCACCAAAAAAAGUUUCUUCCCAAAAUUGUUUUAUUUAAUUUGGUUGAGGUUUUACGAGAAACUGAGAAGUUACAAUUGAGUAAGCAUUUACAUGUAAAUUCAUUUAUUCAAAUAGUCAUACCUCUCAAACUGAUGACGAGCCCUUGGAUAGCAAAAGUGUUUCUCAUUUUUGGCAAGAGGAAAAAAAAAAAAUCCCACAAUGAAAAAAGAAAAAAAUAUCAGUGUAGCUCGCUACCACUGAUGCAUCUCUGCACCAAAAGGCAACAUCAGCAAAAAAACAAGGAAAACAUUUGGCAAAAAAAAAUCUUGAUAAAUAGUGGAAAAUAUUGCCAUUUUUUAAAUAGUAAUAAAAAAAACACACAAGUACCAGAGAUGAUCAAUCAUUGCACUUCAAGUGGCAACAAGUUAGUUUUUUUUUUUAACAAGUGCACCAGAAUCAUUUUUUAAAGUCAAAAGUACCUGAAAGUGACUUGAUAAACAAAGCGUCCUCUUUGUAUUGCUCACUGUCGCCCUCCUGUGUGCGACCAGAGAAUAGCGUACCUGGCGCGUGAUUGGUUCAUUUGGCUGAUGAUGUCAUUGGAGCGUGUUUUUCCAAACAAAAACAGUUCACGAUUGAAGAAGCAAAAAGUCCAAACGUUCCAGGAAGGCAAGACGGAUCCAAGCUGUUUCAACUUGGCUCUUGUAAACGAUCCGAGUGAGCGUGGCAAACAAAAGGUGUAAACAUGGCGGCGGCCGCGCGGCUCCUAGCUGCACUCCAGCAGCUUGGCCAGAGCCUCCCUCAGCUCGCUCAGCUCCAAGAUCUUACCGUCCAGCAGCUGCAGCAGCGAGCGCAGGCUCUGGCGGAAGACCUCCCUCUCGCGCUGGUCGGCCUCCACGCGCUGCUCCAGCUCGUCCAGCUGGGCCUCCAGCGCCUGGUUCCUCAGCUCCACGGCCUGGGGGACGCAUCAUGCGCACAACUUUAGACAACGACAUUUCAAACUAAUUCAAUUCAGUAAGAAAAGCUCAAAAGGCAGAAAACUGUCGAUGCCACAGAACAGCGAAAAUGCCAGCUUUUCCAAGCAAAGUGAUGGGUUAGACAGAUCCCGCAAAAUGGCCACAGUCCCGCGUCUGUUACUACUCCACAAAGGUGACAAAUGGCCCCCACCACACAGAAGGGUUAGGAAAAUGCCAGUUUUUACAGGCUGUGUGACGGGGGCUCCGGUAUUCCUGCACAAGAGACACAGCCCCCGCCCCUGAUACGACCUCCAAAGCUGCAAAAAAUGUUAGUUUAUACAAGUAGUUUAUGCAAGUUGAUAUUUCCUACUACCCUUGAAUGCAGCAUGACUCGCCUGUAGUUUGUGUGUGAGGGAGUCUCUUUGGGAGUGAAACUGGUUGGCACUCUGAACGUCCAUCUUCAGACGCUCCAACUCCUGCCCAGAGAGGAAGCACAGAGGUCAAAGUUCACCCAGAGGUCAGCAGGUGUGCAUGUGACGUACGUCCUCCUUGGCCUUCAGUGCCACCUCCAGCUCCCCGAUGGUGCGGUUCAGCUCCGUCUUGUCGGACCUCGCCGUGGCGCUUUGGCCGCUGACGCACUCCAGCUCUGUCACCUGGUGCCACGUUUGGGGCGGGGGGAAAGUAAAAAGCGGUAAAAAGGCACGCCCGACAGAUGAGCGGCCGGCGAGGCUGGCGCGGUCCUACCCGUUUAUGCAGCCGCUCGGCUUCCUCCUGGUAGGCGGCCAGCUGCUGCUUCCACUGCUUCACGUUGGCCGUGGA